AGUUUAUGGCGUCCAUUAUUUUAUGGUAUCCUCAGUCGAUACAGCAAAACACAAUUUCAACUACCCCAACCUCCACCUACCACCGUCACCGAUUCCUCCCUCUCCGAUUUCAACCAAGUGAUGGCGGCUUACGGCGCAGUGAUUUCUCUCAAGAACACGAUCCGGUUUAUUAAAGAAGCGCCUCGUAUUUUGAUGAUUCCUAGUGCUCAUAUCUUACAACCCGCGUACGACGCCAUGGUUCUCUUGCAGAAAGCUCUGCUACAGCUGGAUUCCACCGGCUACAGUAAGAUCCGGACGAAGGUGAAUGCUCUGGAUGAACGAAUCAAACACACCAUAUGGGAAUUCGAAGAUUUACUCGAACCUCAUCUGUAUGAGCAGAUUCUUUCACAGCUCCAAGGCUCAUCAUCAGCAAGUGAGACAGAUCACUUGUCUUUCUCUGUAGUUGUGCAGAGUCUACAACAAAGAGUUGAUCGGUUCCUUCCAGCGCUCAGUGCGAGAGAUCGGUCGAGAUUUCGCUUGCCUUUCUUUGUGACUCUGCUUAGUCUGUACGAAAGCAUUCAACAAUUUGUCUCUAGGGUGAGAGUGAUGACGGUGGAGUACAUUAUUGAGCUGCAGAAUAUGCCUGAAGAAGAAGGCGAACCCAUUUUCUCAAGAAUCGAUUUUGGUGGAAUCAACUCGAAGAUGGUUGGAUUAUCAGAUGAAUUUGAAGAAGCCCGGGUUUCUCUUCUCGCAAAAGAUGGUGACGAGUGCUGCCUUGCACUUACUGGGAUGGCAGGAGUUGGAAAGACAACGCUUGCUAAGAAAGUGUUUGACGAUCCAUUGAUUCAAACACACUUCGAGCAUCGAGCAUGGGUCAGAGUGGGCAGAAAAUGUGAAUUGAAUGAAACAUUACGAUGCAUUCUGGCCCAAGUGGAUCCCAACACUCGCGACCAAAUGGUUAUCCAAGGAGACGAUGAGAAAUUGGCUGGACUCUUGGAUGAGAGAUUGAAGGAUAAGAAAUGUCUCAUUGUGUUGGAUGAUGUAUGGAAAUGGGAUACGCGACUAUUGGAUAACUUGCCAAAGGGGAAGGUUCGGAUCUUUCUUACAAGCAGGUUCAAAAUUGAGGAUUCUCCGAAUCAAGAAGUGCGCAUGUUGAAUGAAGAAGAAAGUAAGAAAUUACUUGGUGAGAAGGUGUUCGGUGAAGAGGGUUUCCCUUCUUGCCUUAAGAAAUUGGGAGAGAAGAUUUCCGAAAAAUGUGAAGGUCUUCCACUUAUGUUAGUCACAGUUGCAGAGCUUCUAUCCAAAGAAGACAAGAGCCUAGAAUGUUGGACUGAGGUGGCCGAAAAGCAACACAAUUCAGUUUUUGUAGAUGCAUAUGAUCAAAUAUCAGAGGUAUUAUUCCCAAGCUAUGACUAUUUACCUCAAUGUUUAAAAAUGUUUUUUCUCUAUAUGGGAUCUUGCCCUCCAUAUUGUGAUCUUCAAAUAAGCGAUCUCUUCCACCGUUUGAGAGCUGAGGGGUUUCUUGAACCGAUUGGAAAUAAAACUUUGGAAGAGUUUGUGGCCCAAUGCAUGGGAAAUCUUGCUACCUGGCAUCAUCUUGUUAUUUAUCAAUUCAAUGCACACUCUUGGUUCUCGAAGAAGGAGUGUCGCGUGCAUUCUUGUUGGCAGCACGUGUGUAAGAAAGAAGCUAGUAAGAUAAAGUUUUUGCAUGUUUUACAGAGUUGUGAUGAUGAUGUGAAAGACCAGAGGCGGUUGUGCACCCAUUGCAACUCUUUAUUUGCCUUCAAACAAGUGUAUAAUUCAAUAAAAAGUACUUGCGCAUCCACCGUCCGUUCUCUCCUUUGUUUGGGUCCUUACCACCAAUAUCCGGUGCCAAUACAUGCUAUGAAUUUCAAGUUGCUAAGGGUAUUAGAUGCUUUUAAUGUCCGAUUUUACCAUAUCCCACUUGAUAUUAUGAAACUAGUUAAUCUAAAUUAUCUUGCCCUAACUUGCAAUGGAGAGCUCCCUAUUUCCAUAUCCAAUCUAUUUCACCUCCAAUCCUUGACUAUCUAUCCACAUGUAAACAUUAAAAAGCGCGGGGCUCCGUUAUACGUGCCAGUGGAAAUAUGGGACAUGAAAGAACUGCACCAUAUUCACAUCUUCGGAAGAGACCUACCAACCCCCAGAUCUGAUGCUACUUUGGACAAACUCUCUAGUCUUUUUGGUGUUAGUUCCAAGAGUUGCAUUAGAGAAAAUCUCAAGAGAAUCCCUCAUUUAAAGUCAUUAGAAAUUAUGAUGGAGUUGAAGCCUUAUGAUGACGACGAUGAUAUCAACCCAUUGAGUGGCUUGGCUUAUAUCGCAAAGGAACUCCACAAGCUGUUCAUUCUUACGUACAAAGUAAUGAACCCUGACAUGAAGCAUGGGUGUAUGGUUCCUCUCUCAAUGUUCCCAUCAAGUUUGACAAAGUUGAAUUUGAGUGGCUUAGGGUGUCUAUGGAAGCACAUGAAUGACAUUGGUUCGUUGCUACCAAAUCUUAAGAGCCUCGAGUUAACACACUAUGCCUUUCAAGGCCCAGAGUGGAAUAUAGAAGUAGGGUGUUUUUUGAAACUUAAGACACUUAUUAUUGAGGACACUGAUUUGGUGCGAUUGAGACUUCAACAUGGAAGCCUCCCAAGUCUUGACCUCCUAAGCAUAAGGCAUUGCUACAAAUUACAACAAGUCGAUUGGACUUGUGAUCCCUCAAUGGUCACAAAGCCUACAAUAGAAUUGGUUGAGUGCAGUCCUUCAGUUGUCGCUUUCUCUGAGAAAUUAAGACCUCACUUUAAAGUUCGUUGCCACUCUUCUUUUUGAUAUGAGAAGUCAUAGCCAGACUCCGAGCUUGGUUAACAGAUGGAGUUGCACCAAGCUUCCUUGCAAGUGGAGAAGUGUUUUUGACUCCUCGUUGGAGGCCUUACUUCAACGUAGAACGUGAGUCGAUUUGAUAAUAAAUUUGCUUCAUAUUCUUCAUCCUGAGGUGCAAAUCCUUAUCUGAAGAAAGCUUGAACCAACUAUGUGAGUAUAGUUGAUGGAUUUGUUUAGUAUGAUGUUUCAUGUUUGUGUUGAAAGAAAAUUAGAGACAUGCCAUCUUUUUUCUGCAAUUAAACCUCUACUACUUGUUUGACACUCUGUUGAUUGACUCCUCCAUCCAUUCUUAGAUGUUUCCUGCUCA